AUGGAAGCUGAAGGUGCUAGACAUAUUUUUCAGAGAUCUGCAGAAUAUGGUUUUCGUUACAAAUACCUUGUUUGGGAUGGUGAUGUUUCAGCCUAUGAAAUGGUAAAAGAUACGUACAUAAAACAGCGGGAUGAAGAUGAGGAGAACACCAAUGAUCAGCCAACAUCGGAAAGUUUUUAUGUUACGGGUGCAUCAGCUGAGGCAGUUAUAAUUUUCAAUCGUGAUCGUGUUGGUCUGUUACCAUUUUUCGAUACAUUAGGAUUGGAUGUUAAUUAUUCAUUAUUGGACAGUUCAUUAGUAAUAGAUUCAAAACGUCUUGCUAAGGCCCAGGCAGAAAACCCGAAAAAAACUUCAAAAUUUAUUUUAUCAAAAACUACAAAUCCGGGAACCGAAAGCUUUGUUGAGACAUAUACUCUGAAGCGUCCUCUACAAGCUGGUGAAAACACCAGAGAAACAUUAGAUCAAGUAUAUUAUAUUCUUAAAAAUGAAACUGAUAUUGAUUAUUGUACAAAAACUAUGAAUAAAUAUACAAAUUCAUUGUUGAAAUUGAACGAUAAUUAUAAUUAA